AUGGCACAAAUUCUUGGAACAAUAGCUAAGUGGGCAAUCCCUGUUGGUCUCGCUGCUGGUGGUAUUCAAUCUGCCAUGUACGAUGUUCAGGGGGGUUACAGAGCUGUCAUUUUCGAUCGUAUUCAAGGUGUUAAACCUGCUUCUGUUGGUGAAGGUACUCACUUCUUAGUUCCUUGGCUUCAACGUGCUGUUUUAUUUGAUGUUCGUACCAGACCUCGUAAUAUCUCCACCACCACCGGUUCAAAGGAUAUGCAAAUGGUUUCUUUGACAUUGCGUGUUUUACAUCGCCCAGAAAUCAGAAACUUGCCUCAAAUUUAUCAAAACUUGGGUUUGGAUUAUGACGAAAGAGUGUUGCCAUCCAUUGGUAACGAAGUUUUGAAGGCUGUUGUUGCUCAAUUUGAUGCUUCCGAAUUGAUUACUCAAAGAGAAGUCGUUUCUGCAAAGAUCCGUGAAGAAUUAUAUAAGCGUGCCAAGGACUUCAACUUGGCAUUGGAAGAUGUUUCUAUUACCCAUAUGACUUUCGGUAAAGAGUUUACUAACGCCGUUGAACAAAAGCAAAUUGCUCAACAAGAAGCUGAACGUGCCAGAUUUGUUGUCGAACGUGCUGAACAAGAAAAGCAAGCUGCCAUCAUUCGUGCUGAAGGUGAUGCAGAAGCUGCCGAAAUGAUUUCUGCUGCUUUGGCCAAGGCUGGUGAAGGUCUUAUUGCUUUCCGUAGAAUCGAAGCCAGUAAAGACAUCGCUCAAACACUCUCUCAAGCCCGCAAUGUCACUUAUUUACCAAGCAGUGCUAACGGUGGCAGUAACCUUCUUUUGGGUAUCAAUGGUGCUUAA